AGACCUCAAGGCGACUGUCCGGUGCCACGGAAGCUACAGAGCUUUCUGCUUGGGAUCAUCCGCUCGAGCAGCAGCGCGCAAUGGCUUCCACGCAGACCAGCCACGUCCCGGCGGGAAUGGAAAACUUCACCGUCGGGCUGAUUGGCAUGGGCGACAUGGGCCGGAUGUACGCCGAGAAGCUGUCGGAAGCUGGCUGGAGUGAUGAAAAUGCUAGCUACCUUACUUACUAUCUGUCUGAAAAAUCUCCUUCCUCAAACCUUUUGUUUCUCUUGGACAAGUUUAUUCACAAAAUCCUGGCGUGCGACAGAGAAGAUAGAUACGAUAGCCUUAAAGAGAAAUACAAUGGCAAAAAGAACAUUGAGAUUCUCCGCAACGGCCAUCUCGUGUCCCGCGCAAGCGACUACAUCAUCUACUCGGUGGAAGCCGCCUUUAUAGACCGCGUGAUUGCUCAAUACGGACCGUCAACGAAAAUGGGCGCCAUCGUCGGCGGCCAAACAUCCUGCAAGUCCCCCGAAAUCGCCGCCUUCGAAGCCCACCUCCCCUCAGACGUCUUCAUCGUCUCCAUCCACUCCCUCCACGGGCCCGGCGUCGACCCCCAGAACCAGCCGCUGGUCCUCAUCCAGCACCGCGCGCCCGACUCAGCCCUCCACAAGGUCGAGACGGUGCUGAGCUGCCUGAAAUCGAAAUACGUCCACCUCACGGCCAAGGAGCACGACCGCAUCACCGCCGACACGCAGGCCGUCACGCACGCCGCCUUUCUCUCCAUGGGCAAGGCCUGGCACGCAAACAGGCAGUACCCGUGGGAGCUCAGCCGCUACGUCGGCGGCAUCGAAAACGUAAAGAUGAACAUCAUGCUGCGCAUCUACUCCCAAAAGUGGCACGUCUACGCCGGCCUCGCCAUCCUCAACCCCGAGGCCCGCCAGCAGGUCGCCCAGUACGCCCGCUCCGUCACCGAGCUCUACAAGCUCAUGCUCGAGGGCGACCUCGCCGGCCUCACCGCCCGCAUCUACGCCGCCCGCGAAAAGGUCUUUGGCCCUUCCUCCAACGCAUGGGCCUCGAGGCCCCUCCUCGAGCCCUCCAUCCUCUCGUCCUUCUCCCUCGGCACGCCCACCCCCGAGACCCCCGCCCGCCCAAACAACCACCUCUCCCUCCUCGCAAUGGUCGACUGCUGGGCCGCCCUCGCCAUCGUCCCCUACGACCACAUGCUCUGCAGCACGCCCCUCUUCCGCCUGCGCCUCGGCGUCACAGAGCACCUCUUCCGCAACACCGACAUGCUCGACGAGGCCCUCCGCACUGCCGUCGACGACAAGCGCUACCGCAGCGACGACCUCGAGUUUACUUUUGCUGCCAGGGGCUGGGCCGAGUGCGUCACCCUCGGCCACUUUGAGACGUGGGAGAAGCGCUUCGUCAGCACCCAGGAGUUUUUCCAGCCGCGCUUUGCGGACGCGAAAAAGGUCGGGGAUGAGAUGAUGAAGAAGGUGCAGGCCAGCAUGGACGAGGCCUUGAAGCUGGAAAAGGAGUGACGUGGCAUGGUGUGUGCUUGAGUGCUUGAGUGGAAUAAGGGGAGGGCAUACCUAGGGGCUGUACAUCACUUGCCGCCUUCUGUCUAUUCGUUUCUGGCGUUAAUCAGGG